AUGGCAAUUAUGGAUAACUACAGGUGGCAACACAUCAAGAGAGAUGCCAAGUCAAAUAGGUCGCUCAGCCAAACAAAGUCAAUAGCAACAAGAAAAAGCACCUUCAUCAGCAAAGAACACCUAUUGGCCUCAUUAAAAAACAGAUUGUCACAAUUCAUCUCUCAAGUGGUUUUCGCGCAUUUCCACCUUCUCACUUCGCGUCGCGUUCCACCUCACAAUCUCCAGUCUACAACACAUUCAGUCGCCACUAUGAACACAAACCUUGGCGAUGAUCCUGGCCCCCGUGUGAAAUCGCCUACUGUUCCAGGCGACAAGGACAAUUUAUUUCGCCUCAACACGCGAAGCUAUAGCCGUCAGUUUUUCGCGCUCUACCAGCAAAGACUCCAGCAGCUUAAACCUCGCACAGACGCUCAAGCCUUGGAAAAAUGGGGCGAUGGGACGCGUCGUGUGGACGGCCAGACUAUAGUACGCAAAGAGAAAAUCUUGGAUAUUGCGUCAGGAGAACUUUGCUGGGUUCUGGGAACAGUCUUUGCUGAUCUGCGGAAGAAGCUCAACAUCUUGAACGACGUGGAGAAAGGAAUCGAUGACGUGAUGCCGGCACUGCCGCCAACAUAUGUGGAUCCAGAUGAUGGCCUCCUUAUGCUUGAAGACGAUAGUGGUCGUGCGGUGUUGCACAACGAUGAACUUUUGCAGAAUCUGGGGUUAGUAACAGGCUGUUUUGUAGCCGUGCUUGGGAUUGAGAUCCAAGCUGGCAUUUUUGAAGCCAUGGAGAUAAUCUGUCCAACUCCUGCGCCGCAGCGCCCCUUAGGUGAACUAAAGCCCGAGAAGCGCUAUCUCGCUAUAGUUUCUGGUAUCAUGUUUUCUGAUGCUGGCGACCUUCUGACUGUUUUGUUGCAGCAGUGGCUCUGUGGCGAGCUUGGAGGCGCUACUGACGCAGAAGCGGCUCGUCAAAUACUGCGUCUCAUUAUUGCCGGUGAUCUGGUGUCAGAAUCGAAACCUGUCGUUUCCGAUACUUCUUUUGGUUCGAAAAAUACGUCGCGUUUCCUGGGCCUGGCCGUAAGUCAUUUUUCUACUUGGCUUGCUCAGAUCGCUACCUCUUUGCCGGUGACAAUCAUGCCAGGCCAAUCCGAUCCAGCUGAGACAUGUUUGCCCCAACAACCGAUUCACCGGGCACUCUUGGGCGCUUCGGGCCGUUUUUCUGGCGGUCCAGAACUGCUUGUACAUGCGGCAACCAAUCCAGCAUGGAUUGAGCUCGACACAGGUGCACGUGUAUUAGGCACAGCGGGCCAGAAUAUCCUGGACAUUCUCAAAUACUCACCUGGAACGCCCUCUCUUGACCAAAUACUUACAGUGAUGGAAAGAACUCUUCGUUGGCAACAUAUCGCCCCUACAGCACCAGAUACAUUGUUUUGUUAUCCAUACGAGGAAUGUGAUCCUUUUGCACUUGAUGAAACACCGCAUGUGUAUUUUGCAGGAAAUCAGAUGGAAGCUGGGUGGAGAGACGUCGAUGUGAGCGGAAACAAAGUCAAGGUUAUCUCUGUGCCACGAUUUUGUGAGUCUAAACAAAUUGUUUUGGUAGAUGUGGCUACGUUAGAGGCUAAGAUAGUGAACUUUUCUAUUUAA